AUGGGCGAUGAUCCUCCUGACAAGACAGCCGACCGGAACCCGGUAUCAGAAUCAACUGCCAGCCAAAUUCAGACACCGGGUCAGUCCUCCCUGGUGCGAUCUUCUUCAAAAUAUUCCAAUUUCCGGCCAUAUAGGAAGGUAUUGACAGAGUUCUUCGUUACAGGUGCAAUACCUGUUCAGUCCACGCGACCUUCCAAUGUCAGACAUCAUUCCGGCUUCACAGAGGCUCGCUAUGGAAACAACCUUAAUUCGUCUCCCAUGAACAUGGGUAGCAUGGCAUACGCUCUCCCAAGUCAUCAUUCACAGCAGUAUGAACAACCACUGUCUCAAUACCCAGCUCAUGGACAGGGUAUGAUGUAUCCCAUGCCACCCGUACCUAUGACUCCAUAUGGACACAACACUGGAGGGAUGGCUUAUGCUGUCCCAUACCCAGCCUAUCCACCAUAUGCGAUCCCACAACAUCCAGGCCAGACUCAGCAUGGCACUCAUUACCAACCCUAUAUUUCAAAUCCACCCAUGCAAAGUGUCGGUCCGGGACAGGUAUCUCCAUAUGGUCCAGGAUACUAUUCCCAGUCCGCCUAUGGUGCCCCUUGUGGAGUGCCUCUUGCUGGUCCAAUGCUCCAGUCCGGGUCACUCUCCCAUACGCAAAACUCCCCGAAACCGGCUUCUUUGCGCAGAGAAGCCGACAAGCGAGUUGCGGAUUUGGAAUAUGAUGUUUCUAAAACCAUAGUCGACGGCUCUAACCCCAUGAAAUCGGCACCCCAAAUGCCUAUUGCAGAUCCCUCUUUACAUUCGACCCAAUCCACCCCGAGCACACCCCGAGGACCACCCCGAAAACCGAAGCAGUCAGGACAUGCCCUCUGGGUCGGCAACCUUCCUCCGGGGGCGAAUGUGAUGGAUCUCAAGGAUCAUUUUUCACAAGAUGCGACCAACGAUAUUGAGAGUGUGUUUUUGAUUUCAAAAAGCAAUUGUGCCUUUGUGAACUAUAAGUCGGCUGUAGCUUGCGUGAAGGCGUUGGCCAGAUUCCACGACUCUCGAUUUCAGGGUGUACGAGUUGUCUGUCGACUACGCAAAGGGUUCUCUGCGCCUGGCUCGGCGCCUGCGGUUCCUACAGUGAAUUCUCGUCCCCGGCCGGAAGAUAUUGCCACGGAACCGGGGGACGAGCCUACAAUUGCAUCGGAUAUCAGUUCUGCAUCACCAGCGACAGGACAGCAACCACCCCCUGAGCGGGUGGUGGACCGGUAUUUUAUUGUCAAGAGCCUGACGGUGGAGGAUCUCGAUUUGAGCCGACAAAGUGGCAUCUGGGCCACACAGUCACAUAAUGAGGCCGCGAUGAAUCAAGCAUAUGAGUGGACCGCCGACUAUGUAUAUUUGAUUUUCUCGGCCAACAAAUCUGGCGAGUACUUUGGCUAUGCUCGUAUGAUGUCGCCCAUCAGCCACGACGAAGAGUUAGCCCUCGAAGUACCUCCACGACCCGACCCUCCCCCUGGCAAUCCCGACGACCUGGACGUGACUUUAACGACAGCCACCUCAACGGCACCCCCGGGGAGAAUCAUCGAUGAUUCGGCGCGAGGAACCAUAUUCUGGGAGGUGGAAUCUUCCGGAGACGAAAACGACGAUACGCGGAGCGAGAAGAGUGUUGAGCCAGAAGACGAGGAGGGACAGUCCUUUGGCAAACCCUUCCGCAUCCAGUGGGUAUCGACAGAACGAGUGCCUUUCCACCGCACUCGAGGGUUACGGAACCCUUGGAAUGCCAAUCGCGAGGUUAAGAUCGCCCGCGAUGGUACCGAAAUCGAACCGACGAUUGGCCGGAAGCUGAUUCAGCUAUUUCACCUUUCUUGA